CUGAAUGAUUCUAAUGUAAAAUAUGUUUCGUAUUAUCUUUACCUUACAUAUUAUUACUUCCAUCAGGUUCACAAUACCAAUGUUUCAAAUUCAUCCCACGCUAAUGUGCAUACGAGUCCAGGUUGUGGACUGAAAAAGCGGUCUAAAAGAUAUCAGUUACAGGAACGCUACCAUAUAACAAUUAAGCCUAAACUCCAUAGAAGUAGCUCUUUAUCUGAUCUCUCUCCGAAUUCAAGCGAUUUUUCACUAGACUUUCUAAAGGAUACGAAAAAUUAUUUAUAUAAAAAUCGUUUGGAUAAAAUAAUAUAUGAAACAUCUGGAGACGCCGCGGAAAUAUAUUGGUCUAAAGAUUUAAUAGAACAGCCAUUUAUGUCUUUAAAAUUGAAAGGAAAAAAAUCUAAAAAGAAGUCUCAAAUGCUUUCUACUAAAACAUACGCCUCAAAAUUUGCCACUGAAUAUAUUAGAAACCUCGAAAAAGAUAACAGUGCAUCAUCUUGUGGUGAAAAUUUCAGUAUUUGCAGCAUGGAGGAAAUUAACGCCCAAAAAGCUGCGUUCCCAUUUAAACCUACGCCUAGUGGAAAUUUAAAAGUACAAUCAAAUCAGGUAGUGUUUCAAUCGUCAACCGUUGGCGUCCUUUUAGCGGAUCCAACUCAAGCCAAAGUUAAAGUUAAAUUUGAAGGAAAAGCAACCGAGGAUCAAACUGACCGCCAAAUUCCUGAUGACAGCAAUGACUCUGAGCCCCAACUUCAGUUUGGACCUAAAGUUGCAAUCGCGGCACAUGCCAAAACCGCUGGUACUUUUAGAAACUCUAAUAAGAAAUCACAUGGAGUGAAAGAAGAAAAAGGAAGAGAUUUAGCCAGCCUUGGCUACGUACAAGCAGAGACACUUGAUUGGACGAGAGUACAGUUACCUAAAAAACAAGAUCUUUUUCAAGAAUUUUAUCGAAGAAUACAUAAUUUUAUCAAUACAGAUACAGUUGUACGUAUUGGUAAAGAUGAAUUUCUCUGUCAUCGUAUAGUUCUUCAGAUAUAUUCGGCCUUUUUUGACGUCAAUAACCAACAUGUUAUUGAGUUGUCCAAAGACAAUGUGACAUCAGAAGCUUUUCAUAUCAUUUACGAAUGGAUGAUAUCAAACGGUCAAGAAGGCAAUCGUAUUUUUAGAAAAGAUAACAUUCUGGACUUAUUUUGUGCAGCUCAGUUUUUGGCCAUAAAAGAUUUGGAAGAUCAAUGUUGGUCGUUUAUUCUCAACGAGCAUAUUUUUAACGAAGACACGGCUUUUGUUUUGUAUAGAGAGGCGAGAAUUAGAGAACUGGUGCCUGUUAUGGAUAUCAUGGUACCGCGUGUUAUGAAAUUUUUCUUACCACUAGUGGCCUCUAAUGACUUCCUUCAACUGGAACCAGAUGAAGUGAUGACUUUCUUGAAAUCUAAUUAUAUCAACGUCACGAGUGAAAUAGAAGUUCUCAUGGCUGGCAUCAGGUGGUUGUACGGGGACUGGACAAAUAGAAAACGAUAUUCCAUAGAAGUGAUGAAAUGCGUUCGCUUUGGACUAAUCUCGCCCUGGCAAUUGGUUGACAUUAAGAGAAACCCAGACAAUGCUGAGAUUUUGGAAAUCAUUAACGAAGCCGAGAUACAACAGAUGGUGGAUGAUGGGCUCGCAUAUGUCAUAAUUAAAUAUUGGUAUGGUAACAAUUCAAAGAAUUACUAUCAUUGGAUCGACGUGCUGGGUCUUAGUGAACCAUGCGAAAGAAACUGGAUAGGCGAAGAAAAGAAUCACGGCACAUACAGGGAUUUCUUAAAAUAUCUCGAGCAAUUUUUAUUACCAAAGGAACAAAUGUAUCAACAUAUGGCUAUGAUGCAAACCACGAAGCGUGAUGAUUGUCCGGGUAACAUGCGUGGUCUAGACAAUACUAUGGAUAUGAAGAGACCGAAAAUGGACUUUCCAUUACCAGCAACUUUAAAAGGCCUAACCGGCGACAAGGAAAAGUUUCCUACAAUGGGUGAUUUUUAUGAAACCCGUAAUAAGGAAAGAGGAAGAAGUCAAUGUCCAUCUCCAAGUCGUUCGCCACCUUCCGUUGAUAACGCAGCACAAUCUGUUUCACAUGAACGAAAGAACACUAACAUCGAGCAAAAACCAAAAAAAAGCGAAGAAAAUCGUACAGUACAAUCACCGUCAUCACAGCAAUGUUGCAAACAAAUACAGGAAAUACAUAUGUGCAAGUUACAACCGUCUCAUAUUCCUUACACCACGAAAAUAUAUGAACAACCCGAAAAAGAUUCUGCGGAAGAUCUCAACACUACGAGCGAGACGAGCAGUGAAAUGGUCGGUACCAGUACCACUGAUAAUAUGGCGUACAUACAUAAGCAGGGCGAAAGGAGACAUAGUAUCGCGGCCAGCUACCUCGCUGCAGCUACUGCAGCACUAACUGGAUCUAGAAGAGAUUCUCAGAGUCCAACACUUCGUGGUCAAACUACAAACACCAGCAGAACAGAAGCGAAUACAUCCCCAACAGCUACCAAGAAAUUUAGCCCACAAGCUUCAAUAUUUAACCAAUCUAAAGAAUCGCUGGCCAGAAUUAAUAUGAAUAAAUUAUCGACAUCGAUACUUGGCCCAUCGAACAAGAACUACAUCGCGGAUGGCUCCCUUUUCAAUUGGGAUAGAGAAACAGUGUUGGUAUUUGGUGGAAUAGAUCCACAUACUUCUUAUGGCGUGGCGGGCAAUACAGGCAAAGAUAUUUAUAGAUUCGAUCCCGUUACAAACACAUGGGAUUUGGUCGGUGAACUUCCAGAGCCGAGACAUCAUCACUCAGUCGCCUUUUUGAGAGGAAGAGUCUUUCUCGUUGGUGGAGCAGAUCCUCGUGAGGAUGAUCUAAGAGGCAAAUCGGUGGUGGUGUCCACAGUAUGGAGUUUUGAACCCGUAACACGCUCUUGGUACAGUGAAUCUGGUUUAGCGAUACCCAGGAAGAACUUUGGAUUGGUGGUACAUCGGAUGGCAUUAUACGCUAUUGGUGGUCAGGAUAAAAAGGGGAGAGUGCUUCGGUCAGUGGAGCGUUUCGACCCAAAGACCGGUUCUUGGAGCGAGGUCCGCGGGAUGUGUGCUGCUCGUAUGGCAGCCGCGGCGGCCAAGCAUCGUGACUAUAUCUGGGUGGCUGGUGGUAUGACUGGCGAGAAGAGGAGACCGGUCUGCGGCGUCGUUGAAUGCUAUAACUCUAAUACUAACCAGUGGACACAAAUCCAUAGUCUCCGUUUUCCAAGAUGUUUCGCGACGUUGUUCUCUAUGAACGAUAAGUUAUACAUCAUCGGUGGUGCUGGCAAGAUAUCUGAAAAGGACAAAACUCCAAGUAGCGUCGGAGCAAUAGACGUGUGGGAUUGGAAAGAACGCGCUUGGAAACUUGAAACAGAAAUGUCUAUCCCGCGACACGGCCACGCACUCGCAUAUUUAGGCACUCAACUUAUUAUUAUAGGGGGUGUCACAACGAUUUAUAUGCGAGCUCUAAGCAAUGUGGAGUCGUAUUGUUGCGAGCGCGGCGCUUGGAUCCGUGGAGUUUCAACCCUACCAUCACCUCUAUCAGGACAUGGGGCUGUCACACUGCCUCCUGCUUCUCUCAUGUAG